AUGGAAGCCACCAGCAGCCAGUCUCCCAAUGCUAGGUACUUUGGCGAGAGCUCCCCGACGGAACUGAGGGACCUUGAACGCAACGCCAAAAGGGCAACCACAAAGCAGAUGGCAAGGGCCGCCACGUACCUCCAAUGUGCCUUCCAUGGCCAACAUUAUGCCUGGUUUGGCGGCUGGGCACUCAAGCUUCGAGGGUCGCGUCGAGACACCAGGGACAUUGACUUGCUAGUCCGCGCAGAUGGUAUCAGGCAGACAAUCAUGUCGUUUUAUGAGAUUACCGGUAGCAUUCAAGAGAGAAUGUUUGUCGACGUUGGCGAAAAUGGGCAGGUUGUUGGAGCUGAUAUUGUCCUUUCCAACGGCAAUCUAAACACCCCCAUUCUCGGAGAGCCGGACUCGAUUGAAAUGAUCCAGCCCCAAGUGCGAAUAAUGCACGGGGAUAGGGUGCCUGUUAUUGAUCUUGCCUGGCAAGUUGAGGGAAAGCUUUGGACAUGGACCUCGAGAACUAAGGACUCUGAUUUCCAAGAUCUAGUGUUCCUCUUUCAUACCUAUGGGGACAGGGUCAAGGAGUGGAGUGAGCACUUGAAAAAGGACCAGCGGAUCAACUUUUACGAAGUCUAUAAAGUGGAGGCAAAAGACAAAGCGGCUCAGAAGAAAAUGAAGGAAGUUCUCUCUCUUUGA